AUGAUCCGUCCAACCAGCUCUGCUCUCUUUAGUAGCACCAAGGCAACUGGCAGUACUAGUAGUACAAAGGAUGAUGGCGCUGUCCAGGUGCCCUUGUAUCGUGCCGAAGGACUCUUUUCCGUCAUCAAGCCUCUAGAUUGGACAUCCAGUGAUGUGGUUUCGUUUGUUCGAAAAAUGUUGGAACGGGAUGCUAGAGAAAGAGGAGCCAAGCCCGUCAGGGUGGGAUCCAGACGCAACAAGAGUCGAAUCAUCAAGGUCGGACACGGCGGUACACUCGACCCACUCGCCACAGGAGUACUCGUCGUUGGAGUAGGCAAAGGCACCAAAGAAUUGCAGUCCUACUUGACAGGAUCCAAACGAUACUUGGCAACUGGAGAAUUCGGAUUCGAAACCAACACCUUGGACAUGGACCCCAUAGCAAACAUCACGCAACGAGCACCCUUUGAGCACAUUACACUGGAGGAUCUAGAACAAAACACUCUACCCAAGUUUGUGGGGGAUAUACAACAAGUACCACCCAUAUUUAGUGCCAUCCGCAGAAAUGGAAAACGACUCUACGAACAAGCCAGACAGGGAGUGUCUCAGGAAGAUCUAAAGAUUGAGCCAAGACAAGUAACGGUUCAUUCACUCAAACUCCUGCACAUGGAUGGUCCCAACUUUUCCAUUGACAUGGAAUGUGGGGGAGGAACCUAUGUCAGGUCACUCAUUCGGGAUAUUGCCUAUGAUUUGGACUCGGUCGCUACCAUGACAUCUCUAGAACGAACCAAACAAGGACAAUUCACACAAGACACAGCUCUCCCCAGAGAUGAGUGGUCACCUGACAACAUUUAUGAUGCAAUCAGCAAGUUCAAUGCCCAAAGAUAG